AUGAUGGAGAAAGGGUUUACAUGUCUUGUUGAGAUCACUGCUGUUCUCAGUAUGCUAGAACUCACAUUUCAAGUCCAAGGAGGUGCUAUGAUCGGUGACGGGAAUUUAAUAUUCUGUACUCUAAGGGCGCUUUCCAAAAGUUAGAACUGGCCGGCCGGACCAGACAUUUUGGCAAUAAAACAGGCUUUUUCCAAGAGGUUUUGCUGAAAAAACCAUCUCAUUUGUGCAUAAUAUUUAGGAUUUGACUCAUCUGGAUGGUUAGUUUUGACUAAAAGUGAAAUUCUCAUUACGAUGGGAAUGGGCUGGCAGGUCAGUUCUGACAAAUGGAAAGCGCCCUAUAAGUGAUGAUCAACUGUUAUGGAGUCAACGAGGCGAGGCAAUUAAUGACUUCUGAUUUGUACCUUUUCGUUAAUUGAAUCAACAUUGAGCUGGUCUCUAUAAUGCCGGUGAUAAAGUUUUGAGAAGUUUUAUCAGUAUUGAUUCAGCACGGUCGUAAUCAAACCGGCAGGAAGGCAAUUCAUGACCGUAAACUAGAAUAAAAAAAUGACCGCUGUAUAUUAAUAGGGACCUUAAGAUCCGACGACUGCGACGGCAACGAGAACGCGAAAAAAGCAAUAGGUUUAAUAACCAAAACAACAAUUUUGCACAUGCAUCACGCUUUUUUGUACAUUUCUUUGCCGUCACUGCACGACUACGACGUGAAAAUGCCUAAUUUCACUCUUUACAGAGGAAGUACACAUUAGCGACGACGAAAUUUCCUCUUUAUUUCUGAACUGGGAUAUUGUUCUUAGGAAUUCAAUUUUAGGAGUGUUCAUUUACACAGUGACAAAGAUAGUGAAUUGGAGUAAUCACUAUGAAGAUUGAAAGAACGCGACGUUUUUGCUGCCGUCGUCGUCCUCGGAUCUUAAGUUCCCUAAUAUCAAGUCACUUGUCAUGAACAGUUGUUGAAGUCUCUGAAGCCAGCAAAGUCUACGGACUGUCGACCCUGUCGAGAUACCUAAACUAUAGUACCAAGUAUAUACAACACAGCUUUGUUUACGCUUGUUUAAGGAGAAUAAUAUCAUAUAUAAAGUUUUAAUUUUUGAAAAGUAUUUUUCCUUUAAGGUCAGACGCGUAUUUAUGACUGUUCCCAGUAGACAUUUUAUGCGACAUCAAAAUAUGAGUUUAACUUUUAGAAGAUCCAGCAGAAACGCGGGCGGAAAUAAUGAAAGAGAUUUUGUUUCCCGAUUGAAAGGUAAUGUUUUAUUAAUCACUUUCGUUCAUAUCAAUCACUUAAACGUGGGAUAAUUUCUUUUGCUCUCAAGAUAAGACGCUCCUCUACGGCUGUUCCCAGUACACAUUUCAUGCUGCAUCUCAACAGAAAUCAGUUCGUUUUGAUGAGAGCAGAGCCGCGUGCAAAGUUAAUGGAAGUGACCUUGUUUCUAUUGAAAGUAACGAGGAGUGGAACUUUCUGAAAGACACUAUAAAAAAAUUUCCAGGAAAAGGAACUGAAUACUACAUUGGUUUAAUCAAAGGCAAAAACGGAAGUUGGAAGUGGAUAAGUGAUAACAGCACAGUGAAUGAAUCUUAUUGGGCACCAUACGGACCCAAAAAUAAAAAUAAUGAAAGAUGUGCUGUAAUGUACAAGGAUUAUAACAAGAACUAUGGUUUGUUUGAUGAUUUGUCUUGUACAGCGAAAAGGCAUGGGUAUAUAUGUGAAAGUGAGUAUCAUGUCAUGUGUUGAAUAUAAUUGCUAACAAACUACUGGUACGGCUCUGAAACAAUACUCUGUGUCUUUACAGUGUUGUUAUACAGUUGGCGCAUUUCCUGUACGAAAAAUUUAUUGUAUAGAUAUAAGAAACAAUUAUUUCUUUGUAUUUUAUUAUCAAUUUGGUGUAAAUGUAUUUUGCCACGAUGACUUUGAGUUUAUCAACUUUAAUGUAAUUCUUAUUGUUCCUAACUAACUUUUUCUUUUGUACUAAUGCAGUUUUAUUCUGAAUAAAUAAAUCAUUAUUUUAAAUUCCGUUGUUUGAGGUAAUAAUCACUAGUAAAAGCUUUCUCCCUCGUAAUAUUGCGGUGCAUUCUCUUCUGAAUUCAGUAGUGUUAUUAUGUUCAGGUCAUUCAUCGCUCACAACGUCAAGGCGGGUGGCUUGACUCGUCUAACAGUGCAAUUUCCUUGCAGAGCCUACGUGUAAGCCCAUAACGCCAAAGGAAAGCGACAAUCCAACAUAUGCUACAGGGCCACAUUCUAUAUCCCUCGCACGGAGUCCAUCUACAAAGGACCGUUCAAAGGCAAUUGUUACGACAAGUACGUGCAAUUUACUUUAACAUGUCUUAAUUCAUGUUUACCAUAUGAAGUACUACUAUUAACCGAAGUCUUUGAGGACAUUGUUUUACGUGCGUUUCUGGAGACGUUCAUCACGAGUACGAAUGUCAGUAGAAGUUUACAGGGCGAAGUCGGUAAGACAGUUUUCUCCAAGAAUUACAUUGCUGCGGUUCUGGGGAAACGUUGGAAUCGUACAGUUGAGUUCGAUCAAGUUACCUUUGUUGUCUAACCUGCAAAGAUGAAACAGAAUUUAGAAGAAAUUCUUGUUCAGUUUAGCUUAACUUCUGAUGGAUGGGGUGAUUUAGAGGUUACUAGUUCAAAGAAUUUUUACUUUUCGUUGUCUUUUUUUUCAGCGGCAGUUGCUGAGGAAGUCAUCGUCAUCAAGUCUCCCAAUAACACUGUAAUCAUCUUGAUUCUUCUAGCUGUUAUUAUACUGGCUCUUUUGAUUGUCUUUUCCAUCACUUCUUAUGAUCGACGUCGCAGAAACAAAACGAAAGGUACUUUUUGUUUUUUUUGUUCGUAGCAUUUUUUUUUUCAUUCUAAAACGACUUAAUGUCACCGCAACCAAACUAUACUUGUUCCCAAAAAAUAUGAUAUAAAAUUGAACUGAAUAGUUUUUUUUAAUUAUGUCAUGUAGCCAUGGUGCUCCGUCGAUGGUAGAAGGAACACGAGGCAUUGGGAUUGAGUUUAUAAGAAGGGUAAAUUGACACAAGAUUAAUUUUUAAAAUUUGUUUUGGUCAAUUUGCUUUUGAUGACUCUGUUGAUAAAAAAAACACAGUCCUUUUGUUUAAGCAAAAUGCCAGUUUUAGUAUUCUCCUUUCUAAAUUCAGGACAUAUACUUACAGCAUACACAGUUGUUGUUGUUCCUUUUUUAACGAUAUCCUCCUCUGGCUUCUUUUACACUUCUUUAAGUUUCGUCUCAGUCAGGAAAACAGCCCAGUAACCGGAAAAAUUACCUGAAUAGCUCCACCAAACUUACAGUUCAUUUUAGCAUGUCACAAGCGCAGGAAGAAAAUAUUACCAUUAAGACUGUUGGAGAAAACGACGAAGAGAACGCCUAUGCAGUUGUAGAUGAAAGUAAGCGAAAAUCCAAGUGUGACCAGGAAGGCCCAUCCAGCUCCGUAGGAGAAGGAGUGCAAUCGCUCCCAAAUGAUGAUCACACCGCAGCACACCAAUCAGCAUUGAAGCAGAAUACGGAGAGGUGUGAUAAAGGCGACGAUCAAGAAGAGAAAAGGGACCACGUCUACGCCGAGGUGUUUGUUAAAGAAAGUAAAGCGGCCGUGUCUGGUAAAACAACAGCUUCUCGGGAUGCGAGCCUGCAAGUUACUUGCACAGAAGACGGUUCGAAUGUAGGUAAGGAUCCUGUGGAAAAUUUGAAUCCUUCAUCUUUGGAACAAGGACGGGAAAUGAACAGCAACGAGGUCACGAGUGAACAGGAUCCACUUUAUAGCAGAAUUGAGUCCAACGAUCACUUUUAUGAAGUUGUUGACAAAUCAAAAGAGAAACGAAUGGCUCCUAAGGUAGGUACUUUUAACUACUCUAACUAGUUCCCAUUUAUCGCUUAGCUGAUAUCUGCGAAUGAUCAUAUGUUCAACAUUACCUUUUUUAAAGGAUGCUAAGGAAAUUUUCACACUCUUUGUUAUGUUUAACAAUAGUUUAAUCGGUCAUGAAGACCAUCAGACUCCCUUGCUAUUAUGGUUUUGUGGACUUGACAGUGUAUAACGUUCAAUCAGCAUUUCUAUCACGUAUUUUGAUCCGGUUACAAUAAAAACGUUGAAUUUAUUAAUUCAUUCACAUUUUGCAAAGGAUUGAUUGUGCCACCUUAAAUGGUUCAGCAACAGACCAAGUAACAGAUAGUUUUGAAUUGUGGACCGUCAAAAAGCUUCCAAAAUAACUAGAUAGGAAAAAAUUUGAAACUUUGUUGAAGCCGUUUUUUCUUACAGAAUCUUUGUCUUUUUAAUAUUUUCUUUCUUGUUUUGUUUUUGUUUUUAUAUUGUUUUAUUAUUUGUCUAUUUUUAUACAGAAACCUCUCCCUUACCGCAGUGGCCACAUGCAGACGUGA